UGGUAUAGAAGCUCUUUAAGUAGCCGCAGAGUCGAAGAGCGGUCGGUCCGGACUCCUGGGCAGUAACGUUGGCUGAGCCACUUUCCAUGCUGUUGAAUCUCCGUUCCAUAAUUUUAUUCUUCAACGGUGUUGUAUGAAAGCCAGUAGUUAGACAGAAUCAUCAGCAUGUCACAGGCAGGCAGAGAUAGAGACAGUAGUAGGAAUGGAAGAAAACGGAAUCUUCCUUCGUGGAUGGGGUCAAGGCAAGAUACACGUAAUGUUGAGGGGAAUAAACGUGCUCAUGUGGGUGAUCAAGAAGGAAGUGAGGAAGGUGAGACCUCUAAAGUGUCGAAAAACCACAGCAAAACACAGAAUGCUGAAGUUGAAACUGAACCAAACUCUGAUUUGGGUACCUCAAACUUCUCAAAAUUAAUGGAGGGUGUCGUCUUUGUUCUAUCAGGCUUUAUUAAUCCUGAACGUGGUACACUGAGGUCUCAGGCGUUAGAGAUGGGAGCUGAGUUUCAACCUGAUUGGAAUUCAAAUUGCACCCUUUUGGUCUGUGCAUUUCACAACACUCCAAAGUUCCGGCAAGUUGAGGCAGAUCUUGGAACUAUUGUAUCCAAGGAAGAAAUGUGGAAAGAAUGAUCCUUCCAACUUCCAAGUUCUAAGGCACUUGGACAUUCUUGCCAAAACAGGUAAAGAAUAGAGAAA